AUGGCCGAGCAGGGUCAACAACAACCCGCCCGAUACAUACCCGCCACCGACUUUAUGAUCGCAGCAACAAGAGAGAACUGUUUACAGGUACUCUUGCUGGCUCAACAGAACUUGCAAUGGCUCCAAAUCGCAGUCAAUGAGGCCACGGCGAGCAUGGGGAUUGUCGACGGUGCGACAGCGCAGUGGUUUCAGCACCAGAUCAAUGUCAUGAAGGAGGAAUAUCGCAAAUGCCUUGCUUUUGAAGGGAAUCUCAGGGCUAUGGUUGUUCGCAUGGAAAAUCUGAUGCAAAGGCCACGCCCGCAGCAAUAG